CUUAGCGGUGAAUGAAGAAUUCGUUUCUUCGGAUACAACAUUAGUAUUUUCCGAAAAAGACGAAAUUGCAGUUAUUCCACCGCUCAGUGGAGGUUAGAAUGGAAACUCCAAAAGACAGUGUUAAAUUGCAACAGGAAGAACUAAACAUUGAAGAAAUGAUUAGUUUAGUUAUAGCUCCUAAUUGUGGAGCUAUAUCUACAUUUAUUGGUGUCACUCGUGAUAAUUUUAAUAAUAAAAAGGUACUAAAAUUGGAAUAUGAAGCGUAUGAAACAAUGGCAUUAAAAGAAAUGAAUAAUAUAUGUGCAAAAAUUCGUUCUCAAUGGAAUGUCCAUCAUAUUGCUAUUUAUCAUCGUCUUGGAGAAGUACCAGUAUCCAAAGCAAGUGUGAUGAUUGCUAUUUCAUCUCCUCACAGGGAAGAAUCAUUGAAAGCUGUUGAGUAUGCUAUCAAUGCACUGAAGGCCUCAGUUCCAAUUUGGAAGAAGGAAGUGUAUGAUACGCAAGAAACUCAAUGGAAAGAGAAUCAAGAAUGUUCCUGGUCAAAUAUUAAUAGUAAAAGAGAUUCAGAAGAAUCAGAAGAUAUGAUUGCAAUAUCAAACGAGGUAGUAGAAACUGUGGUAGAAAAUUCUGAUCUAUUUAACAGUGAGGAAGAAGAAGAAGAAGAAGUGGAAGAGGAAGACUCUAAAGUUAUAAUUGAUCCAAAUCUCGUUCAAAUUCGUGCCACACCUGACGAAUUGAAUCACAGAAUAUCUUCUUUUAUUGAAAGAAAACGUCAGCAAGUGAACAUUGUAAAUGUACAAGAAUUUUGUUGUCACAGAGAUCAAAGUGAUGAAAAUGAAGAUUCAUGUGCAAGGGUAGACGCUAUUCUUAUUAGAAGAAAAGAUUCUAAAAGCCACGUUAAAGUGCACAGAGUACUCAAUGCAUGGGGACCACAAAUGGUUGAUCACCAUACCUUACGGAAGGCCUCUAUGUCAGGAAUGAAUCAAACAAAUAGUAAUUAUUCAUCUGUAUUAGAUGAUAGAAUCUCAACCACUGAAAGGAUUCUAGGAAUAAAUAGACCUGUUCCUAAAGAUAUAUAUGAACGACUUAAAAAUAUUGAAAACAGAAUAUUGUAUUUAGAAGGCAUUUCUCCUGAGUACAAAGACUUUUGGAAAGAAGAAGAUAUUAAUAGCCUUAAAGGAACAUUUAAACCAACUAGAAAAAGGACAUAUUCCAUGGCAGAACUUGACUGCAAAUUACAUGAACUAGAGGAUAAAUAUGCAAAAAAGGCGAAAUAAUUAUUACUUAUUAUAGUGUAUAAAACCAACUAAUGAAAUUUGUGUAUUAUUAAACAUGAAAAAUAAAUAUACUUUUUAAAAA